CGCACGUCCAGUUUAAAAACAUUGGAUCAUUAUAACCAAUUCCAAACACAGCAAAAGAAUGGCGCAUUUUUCGGUAGCCUCACUCACCCAAGUUGUUUUGCUGUUGGUUUUCAUCUGCUGGACGCCGAGUUCGACGGGCGCUGCCUUUUCCUUGGAGGAAGAAUUCCUACAACUGAAGGAAAAUUAUAUUCAAAUGAAACAAGUCGUGAAAACUUUGGAGGCCAAAGUUGAGCAACAAGAUUCGCUUUUUAAAACUUGUUUUUCACGAGAGAAAAAUGAACGCCCAGCAGCAGCAGCAACCGACUCUAUUCCGAGUAGUAAUAAUCCAUCGGCUGUUGCCAUCAACGGACUGCCGUCCUCAUGCGGGGAUCUCAAAAUGAUUGGCCACACCUUGAGCGGAAUUUAUUCCGUCAUGGGAUCGGCGAAAAUGGAAUCCGUUUUCUGCGAUUUCACUAAACUUCCUGGCGAUGCGGGUUUCCAGAAAUGGAUCGGAAACGACGUCAUCACAUCGGCCUAUUCGCCGACGUCAGUCUAUUUCUACGUCACAAGAAAUUCUUAUUUUGACACAAUUGGAAUUCCGAUUCCGUUCGAUUUGGCGCGGGUGAACGAGGGAAACGCCAUGGAUUUGACAUCGGGGAUUUUCACGACACCGCGACCGGGAAUUUAUUUUUUCUCUUUCGCGGGAGUGGCGCGUGUUUAUAAUGGUUUAUAUAAUGCUGCGGUUUGGUCUUAUCUUUAUUUGAACGGGGAAAUAAUCGGGUCGAGUUUUGUUCAAGAGAAUAAAGGCCCCGUUGAUCAAUACAGUCAGUUGUCCAUCCAACUGAUGCUGAUCUUGAAAAAAGACGAUCAACUCUGGGUGCAGAUUUCUUAUUCUGGUUCAGCCUCGUCUUUGCAUGACAGCGGUAACCACUACACCCAUUUCACGGGUUUCUUGUUGGAAGAGGAAAUUGUGGCGUGAGGUUCAACAUCAUCGACGAAACGAACCAAAAUGCGCAAAAUGAACGUCGACACAAACAUUUGGGGAAGGGAAUUUUAUGGGGGAAGGGAAGAUAAUUCAUUCGAUUCCAAUUCAUUGUGAAUUCAGGUGGCCAUUUCUUUACCAAACUUUGUCAAUGUAUGCAACUCAACCUACGGAAUUCACUACCCAAAUUUAAACUUUCUAUCUGUAAAACUCUAGACGUUACAAAAUAAAAACAGAUUUUGAUUGCCAGAUUGACAAAAACCGAGA